AUGUCACAUAUUGACGAAGAAUUUCAGAGAAUUGAACGAGAACAUGGUUGGACCACAUUAUUUCGUAAACUUGCGAAUUAUCAUGGCGUUCGAACAUUAGAGAAAAAAAAUGAUAUUGCACUCUCAAGUAUCAAUCGAGGAUUGAAUCGAUUUCGUGAUGUUUUACCUUAUGAUGAUACUCGUGUACGUUUACAACGAGGUUCAAAUGAUUAUAUCAACGCAAAUUUUGUUCAAGUCCCAUCGGCAAAUCGAAAUUAUAUUCUCACACAAGGUCCACUUCCAACAACAUCAGAGCAUUUUUGGCAAAUGGUUUGGGAACAAAACAGUCGCGUCAUUGUGAUGUUAACUCGUUUAGUAGAAAAAGGAUGUAAUAAAUGUUGGCUUUAUUAUCCUGAUUACGAAAAUGAAAGUGAAUUAUAUUUUGAGGAAGUUGAUUUAAAAGUAUCAUUUGUAUCUGAAAGACAGGAAGAAUAUUAUACGCAACGAAAAUUCGAAUUAACGAAUCUUUUAACAGGUGAAACUCGUCCGAUAAUUCAUUGGUCAGAUUUCGAUUGGCCGGAUCAUGGUGCACCAAGUGCAUCUGAGCCGUUCUUACAAUUAUUAAGUGAUGUUCGUCAUUGCGGUGCUUUUGAUUCUCGUUUUGGCCCACCAGUUCUUCAUUGUAGUGCUGGUAUCGGACGCUCGGGAACAUUCGUUCUUGUUGACUCAAUCUUAAAAAUGCUUGCUCAUACAGAUAAUCCAGAGAAUGUAUCAUUAAUUGAAGUUCUUGAACAUAUACGAACACAACGUCAUGGGCUUAUUCAGACACCAGAACAAUUAAGAUUUUCUUAUAUGGCAAUUGUUGCUGGUUUAAAAGAGCUUGACGAACUUGAACAAAGUGAAAAUUUAUUUAAUGAAAGUGAUUUUGAUACAUCGAGCGGAAGUGAUGAUGAAAAUGACUCAAAAUUAAGUACAAGUCUUGAGAAUAUUAAGUAUGAAUUAAAAAAGCGUGCUGAAAAAACUGCAAAUAAUUCUCAUUCGCUAGAAACAAAAAAUGAUGCAGAAACUUCUGUUCGUCUUCGCGAAGAACGUUUGAAACGCAAUGAGGGUUUAAAGAAAAAAAUUGAUGAGAUCAAAUCAAAAUUAGAUGAUAAAUCAUCAUUAUUAAAUAAUAAUAAUAAUAAUAAUUCAUCGAUUUUAUCACUUCUCAUGACACGAUAUCGCCGCCAUUUUUUUAUUGGUUUAUUAACAUUGUUUACUGGAUCAAUUUUUUUGUAUAAAUUUGUCAGAACUAAUGAUCGAGCCCAUUGA